AUGGCCACUACUGCCAGUGAUGUCCAAUCGCCCAGAGACAACAAGGUGUGGUCCCGCCCCCCCAGCUGUCCAAUCGCCCAGAGACAACAAGGUGUGGUCCCGCCCCCCCAGCUGUCCAAUCGCCCAGAGACAACAAGGUGUGGUCCCGCCCCCCCAGCUGUCUUAUUGCCUAGAGACAACAAGGUAUGGUCCCGCCCCCCAGCUGUCCUAUUGCCUAGAGACAACAAGGUGUGGUCCCGCCCCCAGCUGUCCAAUCGCCCAGAGACAACAAGGUGUGGUCCCGCCCCCCCAGCUGUCCAAUCGCCCAGAGACAACAAGGUGUGGUCCCGCCCCCCAGCUGUCCAAUCGCCCAGAGACAACAAGGUGUGGUCCCGCCCCCCAGCUGUCCAAUCGCCCAGAGACAACAAGGUGUGGUCCCGCCCCCAGCUGUCCUAUCGCCCAGAGACAACAAGGUGUGGUCCCGCCCCCCAGCUGUCCAAUCGCCUAGAGACAACAAGGUGUGGUCCCGCCCCCAGCUGUCCAAUCGCCCAGAGACAACAAGGUGUGGUCCCGCCCCCCAGCUGUCCAAUCGCCCAGAGACAACAAGGUGUGGUCCCGCCCCCAGCUGUCCAAUCGCCCAGAGACAACAAGGUGUGGUCCCGCCCCCCCAGCUGUCCAAUCGCCCAGAGACAACAAGGUGUGGUCCCGCCCCCCAGCUGUCCAAUCGCCCAGAGACAACAAGGUGUGGUCCCGCCCCCCAGCUGA